UCUCCCCAGCUCUGGGAGGGGCGAGGGGGCUGGUGGGUGAGAGUGGGGGGGCUGGGAGCCUGGACUCCUGGGUUCUCUCCCCAGCUCUGGGAGGGGCAAGGGGGCGAUCACCCUCCCCAUCGCGCUGGGGCUCAGAAUCCACCAAGGUCUUUAUUUAUUCUGGCCGGAUUCCAGGACCUGCCCUCUGCCUUUUACCUCGCGGGGGGGGGUGUCCAGCCACCUGCUGAUUUUAAGCCCCACCCCAGCCCCCCCAUUAUUCUGCCUGGCUCUCAGCAGAGCCCCAGUUGUCAUCUCUUGGGGGUCCGGCGCUUGAACCUCCACCUCUCCAGGAAACGGGGGGGGCUAGGAAAGAACCCAGGAGAUCGGGAGUGGGGGUCUCUGUGGCUGGGUUUGUUCUGGGGGGUCCCAGACCAACAGGGGGUGAACCCCGAAAGAAAACUCCACCCACACCAGGUGGGUGCUCUGAGAAAAGCCCGCCAUGCCCAACGCCUCCCUGGCUCCCAACGCCUCCCUCCCGGACGCCCGCGACCCCGCCCUGGCUGCCGCCGAGGUGACCGUCUUGACCGUCAUCUUCCUGGUGGCCACGCUGAGCAACGGGCUGGUGCUGCGGGCGCUGGGCCGGCACCGGGCUCACUCCGCCCCCAUGCACCGCUUCAUGAGCCACCUGUGCCUGGCCGACCUGGCGGUGGCCCUCUUCCAGGUGCUGCCCCAGCUGCUGUGGGACGUCACCGACCGGUUCCUGGGCCCCGACCCCCUGUGCCGGGCCGUCAAGUACCUGCAGGUGGUGGCCAUGUUCGCCUCGUCCUACGUCAUCCUGGCCAUGACCUACGACAGGCACCGGGCCAUCUGCCGGCCGGCGGUGGCCUUCCGGCGGGGCCGGGUCAGCUGGAAGGCCCCGUUGGUGGCAGCAUGGGGAUCCGCGCUGCUCCUCAGCCUGCCCCAGCUCUUCAUCUUCUCCAAGGUGCGGCUGCCUGAGGGAGCCAGCGACUGCUGGGCCACCUUCGCUGAGCCCUGGGGGGCCCGGGCCUACGUCAGCUGGGUCACCCUGAUGGUCUUCGCCUUGCCCACCCUGUUCAUCGCCGCCUGCCAGGCCCUGAUCUUCCGCGAGGUGGCCAGGAACCUGGGGCGGGGCCCCCAGGGGGCUCAGGGCAGGGGCGUCUCGCCGGCCGUGGCCAAGACACUGCGCAUGACGCUGGUCAUUGUGUUGGUCUACGUGCUCUGCUGGGCCCCCUACUUCUGCGUCCAGCUCUGGGCCGUGUGGGACCCCCAGGCGCCUGUAGAAGGACCAGCCUUCACCCUGCUGAUGUUACUCGCCAGCCUGAACAGCUGCACGAACCCCUGGAUUUACGGGGCUUUCAGCAGCAGCGUCUCGGGGGAGCUGAGCCGGCUCAUGUGUCCCUGGCUGCCCCGGCCCCGCGCCGGGUCCCUGCCCAGCAACUCUCCCCUCACGGGUACCUCGGCCUGAGAGCCCCCCGCGGGGAGACGGGGGGCUCUCUGGGGACAGACGUGGGUGUCCUACAAGCUGGAGCAGCGUGGCAGGGGGGUCUGG